CUCUCUCCUCCCUCCGCAGGGCGGUCGUCGGCGUCGCCGGCCUUGCUGACCAUGAAUGGGAUGGCCAAUUUGAACUCUGCCAGCCGCCCGCACUAUGCCUCUUCCAUCCCCGUGCCGCGAGCGGCUUCCCAGACUGGGAUCCCCACCCCGGGCGCCUCUCCCCAGCUGCGGCCGCGCCAGGCCGGCCUGGCCCUGAGCCCCCAGCGAGCAGCCUCCGCAAGACUGGGCAAGCCUGGAGGCCCCUCCAGAAGCUCCUCUCCUAAGGCCUCUCAGGGGAGAGGCUCCCCCAGGGCUUCUGGGGCCGUGAGAGAGUCGGCCCAGGGUGGUGAAGGCCUCUCCGGCUCACCAUGGAGCAGCCCCAGGGCAACCCCAAAAGCAGCCCUCUCCAGCCGGGCUGGGUCCAGAAGAGUUGGGGACACACAGGGAACCCCGAGAAAGAAGAAGGUGGCCCAGGAAGGGAUUCCAACCCACCAGACCCGGGGCAGGAGCCCAUCCCGGACCAGCACGCGUGGAGAAACCCAAAUACCAGGGGCUCCUGAAGGUCGAAAGGCUCCCAACCAUCCAGGAAAAGGUCAAGGAGACACAAACUACAGAAGUUCUGGGGUCCCCAGGUCUCUGGAGCCUGAUGCCAGGGCAGUCUCAGGGGUUCUGUCCCCAGUCUGCAGCCCAGUGCAGAGCAAGCGACCUUCCCCAGGCUCCGGGGCCAUCAGCUUCUCCUCCGUGCAUCAGCAAAGUCAGCCAGUCACAGCCACGGUGGCCCCUUUCCAGUACAGGUUGCAGCCAGACCAGGAGGAAGCCGGCCCCCUCCCCCAGGACAGCUGGGCCCUGGACGGCUGCUCUGGCCCCCUUGGUGGGCCUGAGGAGAGCUUCUCCUGCGUGGACGCGCGGAUUGUCCAUGCGCUCCUCGCGGGCAGAAUGCUGGGCAGCAGCGUCAAGAGCGCGCAGCCCGAGGUGGGGCUGAGCGGCGGCGGCAGCGGCGAGGGCGCGGACGAGCCCCGGGGCGCGGGCAGGAAGGCGGCGGCGGACGGCAGAGGCAUGCUGCCCAAGCGCGCCAAGGCGCCGGGCGGCGGCGGCGGCAUGGCCAAGGCCAGCGCGGCGGAGCUGAAGGUCUUCAAGUCCGGCAGCGUGGACGGCCGAGUCCCCGGCGGGCCGCCCGCCUCCAACCUGCGCAAGCAGAAGUCGCUCACCAACCUCUCCUUCCUCACGGACUCGGAGAAGAAGCUGCAACUCUAUGAGCCCGAGUGGAGCGACGAUAUGGCCAAGGCGCCCAAGGGCUUGGGCAAGGCGGGGUCCAAAGGCCGCGAGGCUCCGCUGAUGUCCAAGACGCUCUCCAAGUCGGAGCACUCGCUCUUCCAGGCCAAGGGCGCCCCGGCGGGCGGCGCCAAGACCCCGCUGGCUCCGCUCGCGCCCAGCCUGGGAAAGCCGAGCCGGAUCCCGCGCGGCCCCUACGCCGAGGUCAAGCCGCUCAGCAAGGCUCCCGAGGCGGCCGUGAGCGACGACGCCAAGUCGGACGACGAGCUGCUCUCCAGCAAGGCCAAGGCGCAGAAGGGCUCCGCGCCCGCGCCCGCCGCCAAGGGCCAGGAGGAGCGCGCCUUCCUCAAGGUGGACCCCGAGCUCGUGGUGACCGUGCUGGGAGACCUAGAGCAGCUUCUCUUCAGCCAGAUGCUCGACCCAGAGUCCCAGAGGAAGAGGACAGUGCAGAAUGUCCUGGAUCUUCGGCAGAACCUGGAGGAGACCAUGUCCAGCCUGCGGGGGUCCCAGGUGACUCACAGCUCCCUGGAGAUGACCUGCUAUGACAGCGACGACGCCAACCCUCGCAGCGUGUCCAGCCUCUCCAACCGCUCGUCCCCCCUGUCCUGGCGCUAUGGCCAGUCCAGCCCUCGGCUGCAGGCUGGCGACGCACCCUCGGUGGGCGGGAGCUGCCGCUCGGAGGGGCCGCCCGCCUGGUACAUGCACGGGGAGCGGACCCAGUACUCGCACACCAUGCCCAUGCGCAGCCCCAGCAAGCUCAGCCACAUCUCCCGCCUGGAGCUGGUCGAGUCCCUGGACUCGGACGAGGUGGACCUCAAGUCCGGCUACAUGAGUGACAGCGACCUCAUGGGCAAGACCAUGACGGAGGACGACGACAUCACGACCGGCUGGGAUGAGAGCAGCUCCAUCAGCAGUGGGCUCAGUGAUGCCUCGGACAACCUCAGCUCAGAAGAGUUCAACGCCAGCUCCUCACUCAACUCGCUCCCGACCACUCCCACUGCCUCUCGCAGGAACUCCACGAUAGUGCUACGCACAGACUCAGAGAAGCGCUCACUGGCAGAAAGUGGGCUGAGCUGGUUCAGUGAAUCAGAGGAGAAGGCCCCCAAAAAGCUGGAAUACGACAGCGGAAGCCUGAAGAUGGAACCUGGGACUUCUAAGUGGCGGAGAGAGCGGCCUGAGAGCUGUGACGACUCGUCCAAGGUUGGAGAACUGAAAAAGCCCGUCAGCCUGGGACACCCUGGUUCCCUGAAGAAGGGCAAGACCCCGCCCGUGGCCGUCACUUCCCCCAUCACGCACACGGCGCAGAGUGCCCUCAAAGUCGCAGGCAAACCUGAAAGCAAAGCCACGGACAAGAGCAAGCUCGCGGUGAAGAACCCCGGGCUGCAGCGCUCCUCCUCCGACGCUGGCCGAGAUCGCCUGAGCGACGCCAAGAAGCCGCCCUCAGGCAUCGCUCGCCCUUCCACUUCAGGAUCUUUCGGCUACAAGAAGCCACCUCCCGCCACAGGCACGGCCACGGUCAUGCAGACAGGUGGCUCGGCCACUCUCAGCAAGAUCCAGAAAUCCUCUGGCAUCCCCGUCAAGCCCGUGAACGGUCGCAAGACGAGCUUAGAUGUGUCCAACAGUGCAGAGCCCGGGUUCCUGGCUCCCGGAGCCCGUUCCAACAUCCAGUACCGCAGCCUGCCCCGGCCGGCCAAGUCCAGCUCAAUGAGCGUGACCGGCGGGCGGGGCGGCCCUCGCCCCGUCAGCAGCAGCAUUGACCCCAGCCUCCUCAGCACCAAGCAGGGAGCCCUAACGCCCUCCAGACUGAAGGAGCCUUCCAAGGUGGCCAGCACGCGGACCGCCCCAGCCCCUGUCAACCAGACAGAUCGGGAAAAGGAGAAGGCCAAAGCCAAGGCAGUGGCCCUGGACUCAGACAGCAUCUCCCUGAAGAGCGUGGGCUCCCCAGAGAGUACUCCUAAGAGCCAAGCCAGCCACCCCCCAGCCACCAAGUUGGCGGAGCUGCCACCAACCCCUCUCAGGGCCACAGCUAAGAGCUUUGUCAAACCACCCUCACUAGCCAAUCUAGACAAGGUCAACUCCAACAGUCUGGAUCUGCCAUCGGCCAGUGACACCCACGCUUCGAAGGUCCCGGAUCUGCACGCUACAGGCUCAGGAACUGGGGGCCCUCUCCCUUCUUGCUUCACCCCGAGUCCAGCACCCAUUCUCAACAUUAACUCAGCCAGCUUCUCCCAGGGCCUGGAGCUAAUGAGUGGUUUCAGUGUCCCCAAGGAGACCCGCAUGUACCCCAAACUCUCAGGCCUGCACAGGAGCAUGGAGUCCCUCCAGAUGCCAAUGAGCCUGCCCAGUGCCUUCCCCAGCAGCACCCCCAUCCCCACCCCACCCGCUCCCUCUGCUGCACCCCCAGAGGAGGAGACAGAAGAGCUGACCUGGAGCGGAAGCCCCAGAACCGGGCAGCUGGACAGUAAUCAGCGGGACCGCAACACCCUUCCCAAGAAAGGGCUCAGGUACCAGCUUCAGUCCCAGGAGGAGACCAAGGAGCGGCGACACUCCCACACCAUUGGUGGGCUCCCUGAGUCCGACGACCAGUCAGAGCUGCCUUCGCCCCCUGCACUCCCCAUGUCCUUGAGCGCAAAGGGCCAGCUCACCAACAUAGUGAGUCCCACUGCGGCCACCACGCCAAGAAUCACCCGCUCCAACAGCAUCCCCACCCACGAGGCGGCCUUCGAGCUGUACAGCGGCUCUCAAAUGGGGAGCACCUUGUCCCUGGCCGAGAGACCCAAGGGAAUGAUUCGGUCAGGAUCCUUCCGAGACCCCACGGACGACGUUCAUGGCUCGGUGCUGUCCCUGGCCUCCAGUGCCUCCUCCACUUACUCCUCAGCUGAGGAGAGGAUGCAAUCUGAGCAAAUCCGGAAGCUUCGUAGGGAACUGGAGUCAUCCCAGGAAAAGGUGGCCACGCUGACGUCUCAACUGUCUGCCAACGCUAACCUGGUGGCAGCUUUCGAGCAGAGCCUGGUGAAUAUGACAUCCCGUCUGCGUCACCUGGCAGAGACAGCAGAGGAGAAGGACACUGAGCUGCUGGAUUUGCGAGAAACCAUAGACUUCCUGAAGAAAAAGAACUCUGAGGCCCAGGCAGUCAUUCAGGGAGCCCUUAAUGCCUCGGAAACCACCCCCAAAGAACUUCGGAUCAAGAGACAGAACUCCUCGGAUAGCAUCUCGAGCCUCAACAGCAUCACCAGCCAUUCCAGCAUUGGCAGCAGCAAGGAUGCUGAUGCGAAAAAGAAGAAAAAAAAGAGUUGGGUCUAUGAGCUUCGAAGUUCCUUCAACAAAGCCUUCAGUAUAAAAAAGGGGCCCAAGUCAGCUUCCUCGUAUUCUGACAUCGAGGAGAUUGCCACUCCCGACUCCUCGGCCCCCUCAUCCCCCAAACUGCAGCACGGUUCCACAGAGACGGCCUCGCCCUCCAUCAAGUCCUCCACCUCGUCCUCUGUGGGCAUCGAUGUCACCGAGGGCCCUGCCCACUCAGCUCCCCACCCGAGGCUGUUCCACGCCAGUGAGGAGGAGGAGCCAGAGAAGAAGGAGGUAUCAGAGCUGCGCUCCGAGCUGUGGGAGAAGGAGAUGAAGCUGACGGACAUCCGCCUGGAGGCCCUCAACUCUGCACACCAGCUGGACCAGCUUCGGGAGACCAUGCACAACAUGCAGUUGGAGGUGGACCUGCUGAAGGCAGAGAAUGAUCGGCUGAAGGUGGCCCCAGGCCCCUCCUCGGGCUCCACUCCAGGGCAGGCCCCUGGAUCGUCGGCUUUAUCAUCCCCUCGCCGCUCCCUGGGCCUCGCCCUCACCCACUCUUUCAGCCCGAGUCUCGCAGACACAGAUCUAUCUCCCAUGGAUGGCAUCAGCACUUGUGGUCCAAAGGAGGAAGUGACUCUUCGGGUGGUGGUGAGGAUGCCCCCCCAGCACAUCAUCAAAGGGGACUUGAAGCAGCAGGAAUUCUUCCUGGGAUGCAGCAAGGUCAGCGGAAAAGUGGACUGGAAGAUGCUGGAUGAAGCUGUUUUCCAAGUGUUCAAGGACUACAUUUCUAAGAUGGACCCGGCCUCGACCCUGGGGCUAAGCACUGAGUCUGUCCACGGCUACAGCAUCAGCCACGUGAAGCGAGUGCUGGAUGCGGAGCCCCCAGAGCUGCCCCCCUGCCGCCGAGGGGUCAAUAACAUAGCCGUCUCCCUCAAAGGUCUGAAGGAGAAGUGCGUCGACAGCCUGGUGUUCGAGACACUGAUCCCCAAGCCCAUGAUGCAGCACUACAUCAGCCUGCUGCUCAAGCACCGGCGCCUCGUCCUCUCGGGCCCCAGCGGCACCGGCAAGACCUACCUGACCAAUCGGUUGGCCGAGUACCUGGUGGAGCGCUCUGGCCGCGAGGUCACCGAGGGCAUCGUCAGCACCUUCAACAUGCACCAGCAGUCCUGCAAGGAUCUGCAGCUCUAUCUCUCCAACCUGGCCAACCAGAUCGACCGGGAGACAGGGAUCGGGGACGUGCCCCUGGUGAUCCUCCUGGAUGACCUGAGUGAAGCAGGCUCCAUCAGUGAGCUGGUCAAUGGGGCCCUCACCUGCAAGUACCACAAAUGUCCCUACAUUAUCGGUACCACCAAUCAGCCCGUAAAAAUGACCCCCAAUCAUGGCUUGCACUUGAGCUUCAGGAUGCUGACCUUCUCCAACAACGUGGAGCCGGCCAAUGGCUUCCUGGUCCGUUACCUGAGGAGGAAGCUGGUGGAGUCAGACAGCGACGUCAAUGCCAACAAGGAGGAGCUGCUGCGGGUGCUCGACUGGGUGCCCAAGCUGUGGUACCACCUCCACACCUUCCUUGAGAAGCACAGCACCUCAGACUUCCUCAUCGGCCCCUGCUUCUUUCUGUCCUGUCCCAUUGGCAUUGAGGACUUCCGGACCUGGUUCAUUGACCUGUGGAACAACUCUAUCAUUCCCUACCUACAGGAAGGAGCCAAGGAUGGGAUCAAGGUCCACGGACAGAAAGCUGCCUGGGAGGACCCAGUGGAGUGGGUUCGGGACACUCUCCCCUGGCCGUCAGCCCAACAAGACCAGUCAAAGCUGUACCACCUGCCCCCACCCACCGUGGGCCCUCACAGCAUUGCCUCCCCUCCUGAGGACAGGACAGUCAAAGACAGCACCCCAAGUUCCCUGGACUCGGACCCUCUGAUGGCCAUGCUGCUGAAACUUCAAGAAGCUGCCAAUUACAUUGAGUCUCCAGAUCGAGAAACCAUCCUGGACCCCAACCUCCAGGCAACGCUCUGAGGGUCCAGCGGUCACUGUCGCCCGGGACAGCAGAACACUGACAUCGGCCACGCCAGCUCCUCCUCUCCUCUCUCCUCUUCCAGAGCACGGACUCUCCGGCCCAGGAGGAGAAUAGGAGGGAGGAGGAGGAGGUGACAGAGAGGGGCAGGGUCCUGGUGCUGCCCCUUUGAGAACUUCCUCGUAAGGAUUGGUGGGAUGGAGUGGGACCUUGUGUCCCCUGGAUACAUUUACUGGCCUCCUCUCACGUCUUUGGGAAAAAGAUGAUUCUGGGUCUUUUCCCUUGAUUUCUUGUCUCAAUUACAAACUCCUGGGCUUUCUGGGGAGGGGUUCAGAAGACAUCAGAAAAACCUGCAGUAGUUCCUAACUGAUUCUCAUGAGCAACUUGGAGAGACACAGUCCUGUGUGGGGAAAUCUGAGGGAGGCGGAAGCUCCCCAGAAUUUCUCGCAGACCCUACCCAAUUCCAUCACCACUGCCAACAGCUCUUCCCCCAGAGAUCUGGCUGGAGCCCAGAAAAAGAAGCAUGUGGGUUAAAAAAUGUUUAAAUCAAUCUGUAAAAGGUAAAAGAAAAAAAAUGGAAAAGAUGAAGCUGGAGAGAGAGAAACCAGUGCCAACGGAGAGACAGCGCUGCCCACCCUGCCCUCUGGAUGACACAGGGACGUUGACAAGAUGGUUGCCAAGCUAAGAAGUCGCCAAACCACGAAAAUACCAUGACAGCCUUCAGGGAAAGACUGCGAGUCUGUCUUAUACCCUCUAAUUUAACAUGCAUGAGAGUCAAUAAACCCUACUUUUUUUAUUUUUUAUUUUUGUUUUUUGUUUUGUUUCUAUUUUUUUCUCCCCUUUGCCUAUUUAUUUUCCUUUCCUUUUUUGGUUUGUUCUUUUCCAUUUCCUUACAUGAGAUGUUUGGGUUGCUUUUCCAGGGGCUGGUUUGGCUUUUCCGAGUGGGUUUUCUUUGGAGAAUCUGACGCCAUCUAAUUGGCACCAGUAGACACCUGCUAUGCCACUAUCUUUGGCAUCCUUGGGGCUUGCAUGGGACAUGAAGCAUUGGCUCCAAACCAGUGGGAGAAGAGGAACCUUGACUUCCCUUUUGAGAAAGCACACAUUCUGCCCAGGAGCUCCCCUGCCAGCCUCCGGCAUCUUGACAGAAGGUCUACUCUAAGCUUCCCCCUGGCCUGGGGGAACCAGGAAACUAGAAGCAGUCGUCUGGCUGGCGCCCUGUUUAGCCCCUUACUGCACUAUUCUGAUGGCAGCCCCUUUGCCUGAUGGAGUCCAAAAUCCCAAGCUGGACUUUACGAUUUGUGAUUCACGUACGACUGCACAUCCACGUGAGACACUCCCAAUCGGAAUACAAGGCUCAAGGAGUUUGAUUUGGUGGCAAAGAUCUGCCUUCCAAAGAGAUCCUCCUUUUACAGAAGUUGCCUGAAGGCUGGCAGUCUAUAUUCCUUCAUUCAACAAGCACUUAUUGAGUACUUACUGUGUACCAGUCACUAGGUUAAAAAAAAAAAGAGAUAAGACUUGGGUUCUUACGUUCACAACCCAGUAGGAAGAGUUAACCUCCAUCAAGCAUACGUCCCCUUGUUAUCUAGACCUUCAGGAUCAUCUAAGAAAUGUCGCCAAAACCCAAGGAGCCAGCCAGAAAGAAGCCUUUGAUCUGAUGUCCAGUACUUGGAGGCAGAAGAUCUGGGAUCAGUUAAGAUAGAACUUGAAGGACUAUGGCAUCCUGCUCAUCUUGAGUGGGCAAGUCCCCUUCCUCCCAUGUCUGAAAGUCCCCUUGGGACCAGGUCCAGGCUGAGCUCCCCGGUGAGGCUGCAGUGAGGGCUCUGCAGAUCAGGGAGAUGUGCUGCUCCUGGGCCCCAGUGUUUGUGGAUUCCGAAGUGGCACAAGACCAUCUCAGCAUCUGUGGGCAUCCUAACCUGGAUCGCUCUGUCCCACCCAAACAAGGAGUAGAUGCCUCUGCAUCUUCAGAAUAUUUUCAUUUAGGUCCAAAAGAUAGUCCAUUGCUCCCCAAGAAAGCUUCUGCAUCCACCUGGUGGCUCCCAGGGCUGACAGGCUCCUUGACGCUGGAGACUAGUAUUGCUUGUUGCUGCUAAGUCCAUGAGCUGUGAAGACCCCCAACCAACCCAGCUGUAACAUAGGCAACCCUGUGGUGGGAAGAGGCUGUCCGUCCAAGGAUGGUGCUGAAAUCACUGCCUUACGGUCUCUGCUGUGCAGAAGGAGGAGGCCCUGGAGCAGGUAUUCUAACUUGGGAGGAAGGGAAGACCAGAUGGGCCUUCUUUGGACCCAGGCCUCUUCUGAACUCUGUUCCUGGCUGCAAUCCCCUGGCAAGGCUUAGACUCUUAAUCAGAUGGUUGAGCCCUUAACUCUAUUUUCUGGUGCUGCCCAGCCAGUGCCUUCUGUCAUGGAUGUUACUGGCUACUUGAGACAGAGGAAAGGGGGGAACCCCUUCCUCCAUUCCAACUGCCUCAGCCCCCAAAGGGAUUCUUGUCUCCCUGGUAACCGUGGGUACCACCAUGACUUUUAUUUGGAUCCUCAGCAAGUUGAUUCUGGAGGCCUCUUGUGUUAGGACUUCUCACCUCUAUUCCUGGAUGCACCGCCCUCUACUCUCAGCUGACGGCUGCAUUUAGCCCAGUUCUCCAGCUGCUCUCCUCCAGAAAGUGUGUUCCCAUCUGAUGCGGUGGUAUUGCAGCCUCAGCUUCCCCUCUGGAGCCUGGGACCCUGUUUACAGCUGCACACCUGGGCCCCUCACUGUGGGGAUCAAUCAUCUCACAAAGGCAUCAUGGUUACGUGGCAACGGCAGAAGGUUGAGCCUCCUCAUGGUGCUAUAACCCCUUGGGACGCUCAUCCAGACUUUUCUGAAGCAGAAACCUGAGCUCCCCCUCGCUGCCCUAGAGUUAAUGGCAAGAGCAAAUCGACAGCGUUCUCCUAGCUACGCACCUGCUUCUGGGUGGGGACUACUGGGAUCCCUCAAAGAAGAAAAACUGGGUCCCGUAGCUAAAUUCUCAACCCCCUACCCUGACCCCGGGACCUUCAGAAGAAUCCAGCCUACCUAAGACUGGAAGUUGUGCUAUGCCUUCCCUCUCCAGCCCCCAACUCAUUCCUCACCAAAGUUGGCUCGCAGACGACAUGGUUCAGUACCCAACACCAACCUCUGGGGAGAGCCACGGCUCCAGGAGAGGUUUCUGGAUGAAGAAGACAAACCCGUUUUGUCCAGUGUAUUUGUUUCUCCAUCCCUGCCUAGGCGCCAAAAUAAAAUGCUAGGUGAUUGAGGCUAACACGG